UGGCCAUGUCCACUUCUUCUUUUCCAACCUCUGCAGUAUUUUUUGCCCUGAUCACCCUGCCUUUCUGUGCUCCGGAUACUUUUAAAGCUGCAGUAUAUGAACAUGCAGUCAUUUUGCCAAGUGGAACAGAAGUACCUGUUUCUCAGGAUGAUGCCUUGAUCCUCAUGAACAAGAAUAUAGAUAUUCUGGAGACAGCAAUUAAGCAAGCAGCUGGUCAGGGUGCUCAAAUCAUUGUGACUCCAGAAGAUGCGCUUUAUGGAUGGAAAUUUACCAGGGAAAGCAUUUUCCCUUAUCUUGAGGAUAUCCCAGACCCUAAGGUGAACUGGAUUCCAUGUCAGGACCCCCAGAGAUUUGGUCACAGUCCAGUACAAGAAAGACUCAGCUGCCUGGCCAAGAGCAACUCUAUCUACGUUGUGGCAAAUAUUGGAGACAAAAAGAAAUGUAAUGUCCAUGACUCCAAGUGUCCGUCAAAUGGCUAUUAUCAAUAUAAUACCAAUGUGGUGUAUAAUUCAGAAGGAAAGCUGGUGGCACGCUACCACAAGUACCAUCUCUACUCGGAGCCUCAGUUUGAUGCCCCUGACAAGCCGGAGUUAGUAACUUUCAAGACUACAUUUGGAACAUUUGGCAUUUUCACAUGCUUUGACAUACUCUUCCACGAUCCUGCAGUUACCCUGGUGGAAGAUCACCAAGUGGAUACCAUACUGUAUCCCACAGCUUGGAUGAAUGUUUUGCCCUUUUUGACAGCUAUUGAAUUCCACUCUGCUUGGGCAAUGGGAAUGAGAGUUAAUCUUCUUGCAGCCAACACACAUAAGGUUGGCCAAAGCAUGACAGGCAGUGGUAUCUACGCACCUCACUCUCCCAAGACGUAUCACUAUGACAUGAAAACAGACUCAGGACGCAUCCUCAUUUCAGAGGUGGAUUCACAUCCUCGGAAAUCCCCGGACUACCCAGCAGCCGUCAACUGGAAUGCCUAUGCCAAUACCAUCAAACCCUUCCCAGUACAGAAAAAAACUUUUGGGGGAAAUGUUUCCCACGAUCAGUUCAACUUCACAGAACUUUUUGAAAAUUCAGGAAACCUUACAGUCUGUCAGAAAGAGUUAUGCUGUCAUCUAAGCUACAAAAUGUUAGAAAAAAAAGAGAACGAAGCCUACGUUCUGGGGGCUUUUACAGGACUCCAUGGCCGAAGGCAAAGAGAGUACUGGCAGGUGUGCACAAUGCUGAAAUGCAAAACCGCUGAUUUGAAAACUUGUGGACAGCCAGCAGAAACUGCUUCUACAAGAUUUGAAAUGUUCUCCCUUAGUGGUACAUUUGGAACAGAGUAUGUUUUUCCUGAAGUGCUACUUUCUGAAAUUCGCCUGGCACCUGGAAAAUUUGAGGUGCUAAAAGAUGGGCGUUUGAUAAACAAGGGUGGAUCUUCUGAGCCUAUCUUAACAACGUCACUGUUUGGGAGGUGGUACAUGAAGGAUGCGAUUUACAAUUCAUGUCCACCCAACAAUUCAGCUAUAACUUACCUGCUGACAUCUAUAUUACUAAUUAUUUAUAAAAUAUUAUAAUGAUAAUAGAAAUCUCUGUCAUUUUAAAUGUAUUUUUCAGGUUCCCAAGUGAAAAUCUAAAGGCCUAUUUAAGGUAGCAUCAAUCAAAUAUUUCUAUUUUUUUCCAUUAAAAAUUAUUUUUUAAGUACUGUAAUUUUCUUUCUUUCUUUUUCAUUUCUUCUCCUUUUUGACUAUUCUAAAAUGUUGCAGUGUGGUACAAUGAAAAAAGCAUGGAAUUUAAGAUAAAAAAAAAUGGGCAUCACACUUACUAAGUUUCAAUCUGUGACUCCUAGUGUAUACCUGUGAGUGUGAGAGAGUGAAGAAUAAAGUUUCCGGGAUAUUGUAAA